CUUUGUCUUGUUUUUAUUCUUUGCAUUAUAGAGCAUAGAGAAUCGACCAAGAACAUCCCACUUCGCAUGGUGCCUGACUCACCACAACCCCGUCGAGAAGCUUAAAUUCCUCCACCCUUCCGCCUCCCCUACAUCCUUUGCACAUUGAAGAUGGAAAUUGCACCGGAUCCGACCUCCGAUCUCCACUGGAGCGAAUUUCGAGGUGCGAUUCAUGACAUCUUUGCCCAGAAUGCAAAGAAGCACCCAGAGAGACCGUGCGUUAUCGAGACAGCCUCCGAGAGCUCCCCGCGUCGCGAGUUCACCUACCAGCAUAUCAAUGAGGCGUCAAACCUUCUGGCACAUCAUUUAGUCCAGUCUGGCAUCCAGAGGGGAGAUGUAGUCAUGGUAUACGCCUACCGUGGCGUCGACUUGGUGGUCGCCGUCAUGGGAGUGCUCAAGGCCGGCGCUACCUUCUCCGUCAUCGAUCCCGCAUACCCUCCCGAUCGCCAGGUUAUCUAUCUUGACGUUGCCAAGCCACGCGCUCUGGUGGUCAUAGAAAAGGCUUCACAGGAGGCCGGUCCACUCUCGGACACGGUCCGCACCUUUAUCUCGGAAAACCUCAGUUUGAAAACCGAGGUCCCGGCGCUGAUUCUCAAGGAUGAUGGAUCAUUGUCUGGUGGUCUCAAGGACGGCAAGGAUGUCCUUGCUCCACAGGUACCUCUCAAGGCUGAGCUUCCGGGCGUCGUUGUUGGCCCUGAUUCAAACCCAACUCUUUCCUUCACCUCUGGCUCCGAGGGUCGUCCAAAGGGUGUUCGCGGCAGACAUUUCUCCCUGACUUACUAUUUCCCUUGGAUGAGCGAGCGAUUCAACCUUACAGAAAAGGACAAAUUCACCAUGCUUAGUGGUAUUGCGCAUGACCCUAUCCAACGUGAUAUUUUUACCCCCUUGUUCCUGGGCGCCCAGCUCCUGGUUCCUGCGAAGGAUGAUAUUCAGCACGAGAACUUGGCCGAGUGGAUGCGCCGGUAUGGCGCGACUGUGACCCACUUGACGCCCGCCAUGGGACAGAUUCUCGUCGGUGGCGCCAGCGCUCAGUUCCCCGACCUCCAUCACGCUUUCUUCGUCGGAGACAUUCUCAUCAAGCGGGAUUGCUUGGCGCUGCAGCGUCUUGCGCCCAACGUGCAGAUUGUCAACAUGUAUGGUACCACAGAGACUCAGCGUGCUGUCAGCUACUACGAGUUACCCUGCCGGGCGCAAGAUCCCGCUUAUAUGAACUGCAUGGGAGAUAUCAUUCCUGCCGGCAAAGGAAUGCUGGACGUUCAAUUGCUGGUCGUCAACCGCCAAGAUGCUACCAAGCUCUGCAAGCAGGGAGAAGACGGUGAGAUUUACGUGCGUGCAGCCGGUCUUGCCGAGGGCUACCUUGGAGCACCCGAACUGAGCGAAGCCAAGUUUGUGAAGAACUGGUUCGUCGAUAACAACAAAUGGGUCGAGGAGGACAACAAGAAGGUUGAGAGCAGUGGCGUUAAAGAGCCAUGGAGGGAGAUUUACUUUGGUCCCCGUGACCGACUCUACCGGACUGGUGACCUUGGACGUUAUACACCCGACGGAAACGUAGAAUGCACAGGGCGAGCCGACGAUCAGGUCAAGAUUCGAGGCUUCCGUAUUGAACUCGGUGAGAUCAAUACCCAUCUCACUCGUCACCCACUCGUCCGUGAGAAUAUUACUCUUGUCCGGAGAGACAAAGAUGAAGAGCCGAAACUCGUCAGCUACGUCAUUCCAGAAUUUAAGAAGUGGGAGGACUGGCUCAAAGAGCGUGGCCUCGAGGACCAUGAUGAGGACGACAGUAUGAUUGGCAUGCUGAGACGAUUCCGGGCCCUGCGAGACGACGUGCGUGAAUUUCUCAAGGGCAAGCUGCCAUCGUACGCUGUGCCAUCGGUCAUCAUUCCUCUGCGUAAAAUGCCACUGAAUCCCAAUGGCAAGAUCGACAAGCCGGCUCUGCCAUUCCCUGACAUCACUGAGCUUGAGGCAGCGGCCCCCCGUCGCUCCUCCAAGUCAUUUGCGUCCUUGACGCUCACUGAGCAAAACCUCGCCAAUAUCUGGGGCUCUCUCAUCCCGCACGUUCAUGCCAGAACCAUCGCCCCCGAGGAUUCGUUCUUCGACCUUGGCGGUCACAGUAUCCUUGCGCAGCAGAUGCUGUCCAAUGUCAAGCGCAAAUUCGAGUGCUCGCUCAAUAUGGCUGCUUUCUUCCGUCACCCCACGCUUAGGGGCUUUGCAGCUCAGAUUGACCACGUGCUCAACCCCGCUGCCAUCCACCCCAACGCUGAGAGCGUUGUACCAAACUCCCAAGGCAAUGAGAUUUCGUACGAAGAAGACUAUGCAGGUGACGCCGAGAAGCUGAUCGAGACCCUGCCGAAGAGCUUCACCUCGUCUGAGCUUGCCCAGAGCCUCAAGUCGGCUAAGGAGCCGACCGUCUUCUUGACUGGUGCGACUGGUUUCCUGGGCGCUUACCUCCUCAAGGAUCUCUUGAGCCGUUCCUCCCCUGCUGUUAAGGUCGUUGCCCUCGUUCGUGCCAAGGAUGAUUCUGCUGCGCUUGAACGUGUCCGCGCCACUUGCCAGGCUUACAAUGUCUGGUCUUCUGAGUGGGAGGCUGGCCGGCUCCAGUGCGUGAGAGGCAACCUUGGUAGUCCCAACCUCGGCAUCAACCAGGAUACCUGGGACCGUCUCGUCAAUGAAGUGGACGUUGUCAUUCACAACGGUGCCAUGGUCCACUGGGUGCUACCUUAUUCCAACCUUAAGGCUGCCAAUGUUCAAGGUACUAUUGACGCUCUGCGCCUCUGCGCCAGCGGCAAACCUAAACAGUUCGCCUUUGUCAGUUCCACUGCCACUCUCGAGUCCCCCCACUAUGCUGCACUUUCAGAUAGGCUCGUCGGCGAGGGCAAGGCUGGCAUCAGCGAGGGAGAUGAUCUCGAGGGAAGCCGCAAGGGCCUAGGCACUGGAUACGGCCAGACCAAAUGGGUUUCGGAAUACUUGGUCAAAGAGGCCGGACGGCGUGGGCUCCGAGGCACCAUCAUCAGGCCUAGUUACGUUACUGGCGAUUCUCACGCUGGAGUAACCAACACCGACGACUUUCUUGUUCGCUUCCUCAAGGGCAGCAUCCAGCUCGACUGCCGGCCGGAUAUCACCAACUCCGUCAACACCGUGCCAGUCGACCAUGUCGCUCGUAUUGUGGCUUCCUCGGCGUUCUUCCCGCCCGUCACGCCUCUUGGCGUGGCCCAGGUGACUAGCCAUCCUCGUCUGACUUACAAUGACUUUCUUGGCUCCCUUGAGUCAUACGGUUACAAUGUGCCUAAGGUCGAUUUCCCGACCUGGAGAGACGCCUUGGAGAAGUACGUUGCCAACGAAGGCCAGAAUGAGAAGGCUCAGCAUGCAUUGAUGCCCCUCUAUCACUUCGUCACCGGCGAUCUUCCCGCUGAAACCAAGUCUGCGGAACUCGACGAUACCAAUACUCGCGCUUCGCUUAAGGCUGACGCGCAAUGGACCGGGGUUGAUGCCUCUGCCGGCGCUGCUGUCACUGAAGACAUUAUGGGCGUAUACAUUGCCUAUCUAGUUGCUGUGGGCUUCAUGCCUGCGCCGCCGACUGAUAAGCAGGCCCGGAGACAGCUGCCCGCGUCCAAGCUUACUCCUGAGCAACGCGAGGCUUUGAGCAAGGUCGGCGGAAGAGGCACUCUGUAGUCUACUUAAUUGUCGUAGAUAAGCGCUUUUUCACUUUUGAGCCGUUAAAUUUUGCUGGUGCUCUUGUAUGAUUUUGCAGAUAUCCUUGUAGAAACUCGCAGAGUCUUUAAACUCUGCGGCGGAUAUUUGUGGAAGAUGAUAUUCUUCUUCUUCUAUAUAUAAAAGUUAGAAUAUGAAUUAAUG